AUGGAUGACCUUUAUGAUGAAUUUGGUAACUUCAUUGGCGAAGCAGAGGAGUCCGAGGACGACAGCCAGCCUGGUGUUGACGCAUCGGCAUAUGUUUACGAUGACGAACCCGAUGAGGCGCCAGAAGCUACUGGGCAAGAGCUCAUGGAAAUAGAUGAUGAGGGGCCCUCGAACGCCGUUGUACUCCACGAAGACAAACAAUAUUACCCUACCGCGCAGCAGGUCUAUGGAGAAGAUGUGGAAACUAUGGUUCAAGAGGAGGAUGCGCAGCCCUUAAGCGUACCUAUAAUUGCGCCAGUGGAACAGAAGAAGUUUACGAUUCAAGAGGCGGAUUUACCACCAGUACAUUUCGAUCGAAGUUUUAUGACAGAUCUUAUGAAUUUCCCGGAACAGAUACGAAACAUUGCGUUCGCAGGCCAUCUCCACCAUGGCAAAACGGCAUUAAUGGACAUGCUGGUGCUGGAAACACACGAUAUCACGGAUCGAUUAGAAAAGAAGACUGGGAAGAAGAGGGACGAACAGCUCAGAUAUACGGACGUACAUAUAUUGGAGCGUGAAAGAGGAAUAUCAAUCAAAGCGGCACCGAUGAGUUUGGUUCUUCAAAGCACUGUUGGAAAAUCUCACCUAUUGAACAUUAUCGAUACUCCUGGGCAUGUCAAUUUCGUGGACGAGGUUGCUUCAUCUCUUCGAUUGGUAGAUGGCGUUGUUUUGGUAGUGGAUGUUGUAGAGGGAGUGCAAGUCAACACUGAACAAAUCAUCAAACAUGCGGUCUUGGAAGGAUUACCACUGACACUGGUGAUUAACAAAAUGGACCGCCUGAUACUGGAACUCAAGCUACCUCCGUCGGAUGCCUACUUCAAGCUCAAGCACGUUGUCGAAGAAGUAAAUACGAUGAUAGAAAAUACUCUCCCGGGACAGGGCGAAAAGAGACGGUUAAGUCCGGAAAAGGGAAACGUUUUGUUUGCGUGUAGCAGCAUGGGAUGGAGUUUCACCCUUCAAUCAUUCGCAAAGAUGUAUACCGAUAGCUUUCCACCAACGAAAAAAGCGAAACCAGGCAUCAACACUCAUGAAUUUGCACGACGUUUGUGGGGCGAUAUAUUUUACAACCCGAAAAAACGAUCGUUUACGCGAGGCCGCCUUGAGCCGACUUCGAAACGAUCAUUUGUCCAUUUUAUUCUCGAACCAAUUUAUAAACUAUACUCUCACACUAUUAGUGAGAGUCCGGAAGACUUGAAAGAGACUCUCGCCCCUCUAGGCAUCACUCUCAAACCCUCCCAAUAUAAGACGGACGCCAAGGUGCUUUUAAAACUUGUCUGCGAACAAUUUUUCGGGCCGUCCAAUGGAUUCGUCGACAUGGUUGUGGAACAUUUCCCUUCCCCAGUAGAAGCGGCUGAGAGUAAGCUUGAACGAUAUUACACCGGACCGUUGGAUACGGCAGUUGCCACAGCCAUGAAGAAUUGCGACCAGGACGGGCCACUGGUGGUACAGAUUUCUAAGCUGUUCAACACCAGUGACGCGACAGGCUUCUAUUCGUUUGGUCGAGUCAUGAGCGGCACCGCGAGACCAGGCUCCCAGGUGAGAGUACUCGGAGAAGGUUACUCGAUUGACGAUGAAGAGGAUAUGAGUAUGGCUACUAUUUCCGACGUCUGGAUAGCUGAAACAAGAUACAACAUCCCCACGGACGGGGUACCUGCAGGAAGUUGGGUGCUGCUAGGUGGUGUAGACAACUCAAUCGUCAAGUCUGCAACCAUUGUGCCGCCAACAUUGCCGAACGACGAAGAUGCUUACAUCUUCAAACCCAUUACGCAUUUCACCGAGUCCGUGUUCAAGGUAGCCGUGGAGCCAAUCAAUCCCUCUGAGCUGCCCAAGAUGUUGGACGGCCUGCGGAAGAUUAACAAGAGCUACCCUCUGAUCACCACCAAGGUCGAAGAAUCUGGGGAACACGUCGUCCUCGGCACCGGAGAGUUAUACAUGGACUGCGUCCUGCACGACCUCCGACGCCUGUACGCUGAGAUGGAAAUCAAAGUCUCGGAUCCAGUCACUCGAUUCUGCGAGACGGUAGUCGAGACGUCGGCAAUCAAAUGCUACGCCCAGACGCCGAACAAAAAGAACAAAAUCACCAUGGUCGCCGAGCCGUUGGAUCAGGGCAUUGCGGAGGACAUCGAGAGCGGCAAGGUCAGCAUCAAGAGCCCCAAUCGGGUCAUAGGGAAGUUCUUCGAGGAGAAUUACGGAUGGGACCUGCUAGCGUCGCGAAGUAUAUGGGCGUUUGGUCCCGACGACCUGGGACCCAAUAUUCUGCAGGAUGACACUCUGCCGUCCGAAGUGGACAAACGGCUGCUCAUGAGUGUGCGCGAUACCAUCCGCCAGGGGUUUAGCUGGGCGACGAGAGAAGGCCCCUUGUGCGAAGAACCCAUUCGCAACAGCAAGUUCAAGAUCAUGGACGUUACAUUGGCUCCCGAAGCGAUCUUUCGCGGGGGCGGUCAGAUCAUCCCCACUUCCCGACGCGCGUGUUAUUCUUCCUUCCUCAUGGCAUCCCCACGACUCAUGGAACCCGUCUACUCGUGCACCAUGACAGGACCUGCAGACUCCGUUACAGCUCUCUACACCGUGCUGGCGCGGCGGCGCGGGCAUAUUUUGUCUGAUGGCCUCAUUGCCGGCACGCCGCUGUCCCGGGCCAGCGGACUCAUUCCUGUCAUUGACUCUUUUGGCUUCGAGACUGAUCUGCGCAUUCACACCCAAGGGCAAGCAACUGUGAGUCUGGUCUUUGACCGAUGGAGUAUCGUUCCUGGGGAUCCUCUGGAUAAGGAUGUCAUCUUACGACCUCUCGAACCGGCAGGUGCGCAGGCGACGGCCCGCGAUUUUGUCUUGAAGACGAGGAGACGGAAGGGAUUGAGCGAGGACGUGAGCGUGGCCAAAUUCCUAGAGCCAGAGCUGUUUUCCAGCCUGAAAGAGAGCGGGUUGUUAGAUGGAUGA